AGACCAGGGAGAAUUUGAUCCUUAAGCCCAGCAUGGGACAGGGUACAUGCACUGCAAAAAAUGCUUACCCUCGCAAGUGAUUUUAUUUUAUUUUAAAACAGAACUCGGAAGCUUCAAAAUAUGCUGUUGCAAUUUCAGAUGCGAUUAUUUAUGCCAUAAAAAGACAUUAGAUUGGAAAUGAUUUCAUUUAUUUCAUAUAAAUGAUUUAAUAAGUCAUAUCAUAAUAUAAUGAAGCACAUCCCAUUGCUUGGAAUCAGAUGAACUAUUAUUAGGCUACUAUAGAAAGAUCAUUUCACUCAAACUGUACCAAAAUUAGGAGAACUGAGUUGAAGAUCAAGUCUUGUCACUGAGCUCCUUGUUAUUUGCUGAGCAUGCUAGGAUCUUGUUCCACCAGGACUGACACGUCUCCGUCUCCCUGGAUCCCCCCACACAUACUUAGCCUACUGCCUCAACAAAAUGAAGCAAAGAAAAGCUGCCCUCUGAAUCUCUACCGGCUUCUAGGAAAAACUUACUGGAAUUCAUGUAGCAUGGAUCAUGUGCUGAACAUGUCUGACUCAUACAUCUUCACUCCCUACGUUUACCCGGCAUCAUGGCCCGAGGACUGGGCUGUGCGUCAGAUAAUCAGCCUGUGGGUGGUGACCAACCUUGGAGCUGAGCUAAUUUACCUGGGCUUUGGUACUCUUAGCUUCUACUAUGUGUUUGACCAUAAGCUCAUGAAACAUCCACAGUUUAUUAAGAAUCAGGUAAGAAAAGAGAUUCAGCUAGGAACUGUUGCCAUCUUCUGGAUGAGCUUCCCUACAGUGGCACUUUUCUUCUGGGAGGUCAGGGGAAACAGCAAACUUUAUGACAACAUCAGCGGAUCUCCUCUGGGCUGGUCCGGGGUCUUCCUGAGCAUUGCUGGUUUCUUGUUCUUCACUGACAUGAGCAUCUACUGGAUACACCGCUCUAUGCACCAUAAGAACAUUUACAAGCACUUACAUAAGCAGCACCAUAUAUUCAAGAUCCCUACGCCUUUUGCCAGCCAUGCCUUCCACCCACUCGAUGGCUUCCUGCAGAGCUUGCCCUAUCACGUAUACCCUUUCGUCUUCCCCCUUCACAAGGUGGUCUACCUGUCACUCUUUGUCUUUGUCAACAUCUGGACCAUUUCCAUACACGAUGGAGACUACCGCCUUCCCGGCCCCCUGAUAUGUCUGAUCAAUGGUGCUGCUCACCACACAGACCAUCACCUCUUCUUCAACUAUAACUACGGACAAUACUUCACGCUCUGGGAUCGUCUAGGGGCCUCCUACAGACACCCCUCAGCCCUGCUGCGGAAGGGGCCACAUGACCACAUUCGCGAGCUCAAGGCAGAGGCUGCACAAACACAGUGAUGAUGAAGCUGCUGGCAGGAUUUGUCUUUUCUGGUUUCUACAGAGAUGCUCAGCUUGGGCGAUGAUGCAAUUGACAAUAGCAUCAGAUGUCAAACAUCCAUCAGGAGCAGAAAUUAGAACACAGAGACCAGAAAAAGACAAUGGAUUGUGUCUCAAAGAGUUGUCCAAAUGUUAAAAACAAAUAAAAUGAAAGCAGUUUUGGAGGGAUUUACAUUUUUACAAAGAUUUCUGGAUGAAAUGAUUUCAUGCACGGCCUGAAGAUAUCUAGGCUAGGAAAUAAGAUUGUGCCACAGCGAAUAAAACCCAGCUAACCAGUAGUCUAACUGGUCCAUAAAGAGUUAAAGCAAAUGUGCUUAUAUCAAUAAGGUUUAACAAUUGUUUAAUAACACCUUAAUGUAACACAACAGCACCACAAAAUGCAGCCUCCAAAAUGAUCAUAAAUUUGAAUCAAUGCCUCAAUAUAAACAAACAGUUAAGACAAAAGUGAUCAUUUUAAUCUUCAUGAAAAUAGGAUUUGUUGCAGGGUUGUUGGUUUGACUGCAUUCAUUUUACAGUGUAGUUACUCUUAAAACUUCAUUGGUUAUGCUCCCAAAUUAAGCCAUAGUCCCUCACAGUUUAUUUCAGCAGCUUUGACUAUCCCUUUUGGUCAAAAUAUAUGUUCCGUGUGUGCAUUAGGGUCUUAAACAAGAUCUUGUAUGGAACUUGACAAAAACUAGAACUGACACAUAAGGUGCCAUUUCUUCAUGGCUUGAGUUCGAAAGGUUUUAAGCAAUCUAUGAGGAUUAUAGGACAAUGUGUGGGUCUGAGAAAACUGAGAGAAAAUAGUUAAACUUUUCAAGGACAUUGGUGUGACAGGUGGAAAUCAUAUUUCCUCAUACUAACAUCCAGGACUUUAUUCAUCCAACUACCAACAGAAUGCUCUGAUUUACGAUUACAACUUCAUAAAAUGAGGCCAAAGUGUCUAAGCUUCAUGAUAGGAGUGAUGGGAAGUGGAGUCGUAGAUUUUUUAGUAAGCAAAGAAUACUUUUAGACAGAGCCUAGUACAGACAGUGUCUUUGUGAGGGCCCAUCCUCCGGACUUUUUGGAUACAACACAAAUUUAAAAAAAACCCAACAACAUAACUUUAAGAUGAGUUGUUAACACAUGCAAGUCAUGCUGUCAAGAUUAAAGCAGUUGUAAGAAAAAUGUGUCAUGCAACAGAAGGCAGACAGGACAACUGGUUGUGACCUUUUAGAAGAAGAUAUACUUUUUACCCCAGUUUU